AUGGAGCUGGAAGAGUUUGGUCAACUAGAUGGUACUUUUGAAAUCAAUGUCAUUUUCAAUGUAGCAAAGAGGAAACUAAGACAAUUGAUUCGGAAUUGGAAUAAGGCAUUCAUCACCAAGGCAGAACAAGAAUUACUUCAAAUGCCUGAGAUAUCUAGUUUUGUUCUUGAAGUAGAGUUGCCAUCUGCAAAAUACCCAAUCUUGGACAAGAAAUCUAUUGGAGAAUUCACUACUACAGCUGUUGGAGGUACGUUUGACCAUUUGCAUGAUGGUCACAAGAUUCUACUUUCGAUGGCCUUAUUCUUGACUAGGUCUAGAAUGAUAAUUGGAAUAACAGGCAAGGAGUUGCUUCAAAACAAGAAAUUUGCAGAAGCUUUAGAACCGUUUUCAAAAAGACAAAAUUCAGUGACAAGGUUUCUAAGUUUGAUAAUGAGUGAUGAUCAGUAUUUCGAAAUAUAUCAAAUCAGUGAUGUUUGUGGGCCAACGGGCUAUUUACGCGAUAUUGAUGGAUUGGUAAUAAGUCACGAAACAAUAUCCGGGGGAGAGUUUGUCAAUAAGUAUAGAAGGGAACAUGGGUUCAACGAAUUAGAUGUAACUGCAAUAAAAGUAAUUGGCGAUAAGGACUCAACCGCAGAAAAUUCAUGGAAGGGUAAGAUUAGUUCUACAGAUAUAAGGCAGCGGGAACUAGAAAAAAUACGCAAAUAUGAACAAUAUUCUUAA